ACAACAAUGUAACCUACAAACACCCCUUGAUCGACCAAUGAGGCCCGUGUGCUCAUUUGCCCCCAACCAAUGCGCGACCGUAGUUCUGAUCGACCGCAGCAGAUCGCCGGCCUUUCACCCCAUUCAACCCUUAUGUGGGCGGGAUAGGAAUAAGUAGCGCCCAGCCGGAAAACGCCACUUGGUAAAUCUGUAUCUGCGGUGUGUUCAGGUGGUGUAGCUGGAGUGUUCGUGAAUGAUUAAGGUUGAGGAAGAGGAAGAAAAGAUGGAUGAGUCGAACCAUAGCUCGAACACCGAAACUUUGUGCAAAGUUUGUGGCGACAAGGCAUCCGGAAAACACUAUGGAGUUGCCAGCUGCGAUGGUUGCAGGGGCUUUUUCAAACGAAGUAUACGUAGAAAUUUGGAGUAUAUCUGUAAAGAAAAUGGUUGUUGUGUGGUCGAUGUUACCAGGAGGAAUCAAUGUCAAGCAUGCCGUUUCAAAAAAUGCCUUCAAGUGAACAUGAAACGCGAUGCUGUACAACAUGAAAGAGCUCCAAGGUCCGUGCAAGGCGGUCUUCAUUAUCCCUUGAGUUUUGGAGGCAGAUUAAGGGGUAUACACAGUUCACCGAUUUUUGGUGCGAUGCCGCUACAUCUUCAGGUACCCACAGUGUCAGAUCCUUUUCCGCCUCUCUUCACAACGAACCCUUCAGGACCCUAUUUCCAUCAGAGCUUGCUUCAUCCGAACUUCAUCAGUUCUUUUUCGAAACCAACAACGAUCCUCACAGGAAAUCUGAGUUUCUCACCUCCAUACUCCAUGAAGCAAUCGACUAAUAUAAAUGGUCUUCACAGAAUUGUGAUGAAGGAGGAUGAAGUUAGUAGUUCGGAAGAAGGGUUGGAAAAGAAUACAGAUGAAAAUCAACAAUUCAGAAGUCGAUUGGAAAUACCAAUUUUGAAUGAUGUGAGCAGAAACAACACGAGAUUAUCAGAAACACCGAAUCUCACACUAUUUCCAGCUGAAAAUAUAUACGAAUCUGCAGCCAAAUUGUUAUUUUUGGCGAUUAAAUGGGCAAGGACCAUUCCCUCAUUCCUUCAGCUAUCCUAUAGAGAUCAGACUAUACUUCUUGAAGAAAGCUGGAGUGAGCUUUUCGUAUUAACAGCUUCACAGUGGGCCCUUAAUUUGGAUGAGACGGUAUUGAUAAGCAACGCUAUGGCACCUUCUUCAAGACAUUCUGCAUUGGAGGAGGAUGCGAGGAAGCUCCGGGAAGUCAUCAAUAGACUGACGGUCCUUAGACUUGACCACACAGAACACGCAUGUUUGAAAGCGCUUGUCCUUUUUAAAGCAGAUUGUCGUGGUCUAUGUGAACCAAGUCACAUAGAACUCCUCCAAGACCAAACACACAUGAUGCUACAGGAAUAUUGCAGUCAAAGGCACAACGUGACGAAAGGCAGAUUCGGAAAACUACUACUGACUCUACCUGCGGUACAGUCCGUACCAAAGAGGGGAUUGGAGGAGCUUCUAUUUAGACAGACAGUUGGGGAUGUUGCAAUAGACAGGUUGCUUGCAGAUUUAGCCAAAAAUACUCAAUCUCACUGAGCCAUAAACGGUUGAAUGUAUAUGUUUUGUAAAUAAAUAUUGUC